AUGGCGCCUACCAAUCAACCGUUUACUUUGCGUUCAAUUCUUGAGAAAGAUAAGUUGAAUGGAACAAACUAUGUGGAUUGGAUCCACAACCUGAGAAUUGUUCUCAGGGCUGAGAAAAAGGAAGAUAUUCUAGACACCCCAUUACCUAUAGAGCCUACUAAUAAUGCACCUGCUGCUGAGAAAAAUGCUUACAAGAAGGCAUCUGAUGCUGAUCUUGAAGUGAGUUGCCUUAUGCUUGCUUGUAUGGAACCAGAUCUACAGAUGCAGUUUGACAACAACCAUGCAGCGUACGAUAUGAUUGUGGCGCUCAAUGAUAUGUUCCAGACUCAAGCCAGGACUGAAAGGUUCAAUGUCUCAAAGGCUUUUGUUGAAACCAAGCUAGCAGAGGGCGCAGCAGUAGGGCCACAUGUGAUCAAGAUGGUUGGUUACACUCAGAGGUUGGAGAAGCUGGGCUUCCCAAUUGGCCCAGAGUUGGCUACUGAUUUCAUUCUCGCAUCUCUUCCACCUAGCUAUGGGAACUUCAUCUCAAACUACCAUAUGCAUGGGGCGGAAAAGGGCUUGAAUGAAUUGUGUGGCAUGCUUAAAACUGCAGAGGGUGAUAUCAAGAAAGGUGCUGGCAGUAGCCAUGUGAUGGCGGUCCAAAAUAGGCCCCAAUUUAAAAAGAGGGGCAAUUCUUGGAAGAAGAAGAAGGGCAAGGCUAAAGGUGAGGCUAAAGGUGAGAACUCUAAGCCAAACCCACCUGCGCCCAAGGCUGGACCAACAACUGACACUGAAUGCUAUCAUUGUCAUAUAAGUGAGAAUCGCAUGAAGAGGCUCCAUGCUGAUGGGCUUUUAACUUCGUUUGAUUUUGAAUCAUACGAGACAUGUGAGGCUUGUUUGCUAGGGAAGAUGACCAAGGCGCCUUUCACAGCUGAUGAGCGCAAUCGUAUGAGUAAGGUUCCAUACGCCUCGGCAAUUGGUUCCAUCAUGUACGCCAUGAUAUGUACACGUCCAGAUGUCUCACAUGCUCUAAGUGUUGCGAGCAGGUACCAAGCUAAUCUAGGUGAGAGUCACUGGACACUUGCUAAAAACAUUCUUAAGUACUUGAGAAGGACUAAAGAUGUGUUCCUAGUCUAUGGAGGUGAGGAAGAGCUCAUUGUAAAUGGUUACACCGAUGCUAGCUUCCAAACUGACACGGAUGAUUCACAGUCUCAAUCAGGAUAUGUGUUCACAAUAAAUGGUGGUGCGGUUAGCUGGAAAAGUUCCAAGCAGGAGACGAUGUCCAAUUCUACAGCAGAAGCCGAGUACAUCGUAGCUUCUGAAUCUACGAAGGAAGGUGUUUGGAUGAGGAGGUUUCUCAUUGAACUUGGUGUGUUUCCAAAUGCAUCUAGCCCAUUGAAUCUGCAUUGUGAUAGCAAUGGGGCUAUAGCACAGGCCAAGGAGCCAAGGAAUCACCAAAAGAACAAACAUGUACUUCAGAAAUUUCACCUCAUUAGAGAGUUCAUUAGUAGAGGUGACAUCAAGAUGUGCAAGAUACACACGGAUUUGAAUGUUGUAGAUCCUUUGACAAAGGCUCUUCCACAGCCUAAGCAUGAGAUGCACAUGAGAGCUAUGGGUAUUAAAUAUCUUCGAGAUUGA